AUGCCCGAACCGAUGGACGUCAACGGUGACAGUUGGCAAAGCAGCGUUAUCGACUCAGAAUUGCCGGUUUUGGUAGAUUUUUGGGCCGAAUGGUGCGGACCGUGCAAGAUGAUCGCCCCGGCAGUGCAUGACCUGGCGCUAGAAUACGAGGGCAAGCUGAACGUGGCGAAACUGGACGUGGACAACGAUCCGGACAUUGCAGCCCGCUACGGCAUUCGCAGCAUCCCGGCGCUCAUAUUCUUCAAGAACGGCCAACCGGUCGAUCAGAUUAUUGGCGCACAGCCCAAGCCAGCCCUGAAACGCAAGAUCGAAGCUGUGCUUGAGAGUUAG